AAAAUGUGACAUGUCAAAUAUCAUGUAAUAUGUAACAUGUUGUGUUACAUGUAAUGUUUCACGUCACAUGUUAUAUGUAACAUAUGACAAAGCUGUAGGUAAUAAAAUUGCGGUUCUAAAAGAAAUAUAUACAGUGUAAAUUUUUUUUCCGGGCCAAAUUUUACUAAUUGUCACAAAAUAUUAAAUAUCUCAAAAAAUACCUUUUUUUAAAAUCUAAUUUUUUCACACAUUAGAGAUGACAAUAUGUACUACUAUUUGUCAAAAUUCGGUGAUGGUAAAAUGUAAAACAAAAAAUUUUAUGAACGUUCGAGUUCGCUGAUAUGUUACGCAUAUUCAAUUACAACAGGGCAGAGUGUAAAUAUGAUCGAUUAUGGUACAAAAACAGCGCGUAGGAUUGAUAUCAUGCUAUUAGUGAUAAUUGUUAACAUUGUAAUGUGUAGCUAGCAAAAAACAAUAAAAAAAAAAUUCAGAGUGAAAAUGUCAAAAUACUCAAACAUUCUUAACUUUUUAAAUUGGUUACCUUGUGUGUUUAAGGUUGUAGUGUGUGAAAGCCACACGUGGACGACUACGAAUUUUCGAAGGUACAAGACUCGGAAAUAGGUAAUGCGUUACCUGUGAAAACACUAUCUCAUGUUUUCAUCUCCAUAACAAACAUGAGGAUAUGUUGUCACAUGUGACGCAUGAACUAUUGCCGAGUGGUAUGCCUUCAAAAAUUCGAAGCCGACAAGACUUGGAAAUAGUUAAUGCAUUCCCUAUGAAAACGCUAUUUUAUGUUUGCACCACCACAGCAAAUAUAAAAUAGCGUUUGCACCGGCGACGCAUUAACUAUUAUCACGUCUUGUGCCUUUGAAAAUUCGAAGUGGUGGCUUGAAGUUGGCCAUUUGAAGCUUCGACAUCAUUUCGCUCUAAUCUGGCAACAGUUUGUUGGAUCGGUAUAGGACCUUCGGUGAAAUCGUAGUAAUGAUUUUGACCUUUCAUAAAAAAGAUACGCUGUAAGAAAAAUGGGAAUUUAUUUUGGAAAAGAGAUAUAAUACAGUAAAAAUUAUACAUCAAUGUACUUCUAUUCCACGAAUGCCUUUAUGUAGUUAAUAAAACUAAUCUUUUCUUACAGGUGUAAUUUCAAGGCGUAUUGCUUGUUCUCCUUUCUUAACACCAUCGUUUACUGCAUACCGGCCGGAUGGGUUUGGGGAGAACAUGGUUUCCUAAGUAAGUUAGGAGUUGUUGAUAUUGCCGGGAGCGGACCAGUACAUCUUGUAGGAGGAGCAUCGGCUUUUGCGUCAGCCGUAAUGCUCGGACCACGGCUCGGGCGUUAUGCGAAAGGUAUCGAACCUCUACCCUUGGGUAAUCCCGUGAACGCAUGCAUGGGUUUGUUUGUUCUAUGGUGGGGAUGGUUAGCAUUCAAUUCAGGCAGCACGUACGGUGUUAGUGGUGCGAAAUGGGUUUAUGCAGCUCGUGCUGCUGUAAUGACAAUGAUGGGAUCUUUUGGAGGGGGCAGCUUUAGUAUGAUAUAUUCGAUGGCACGCAAUGAAGGGCGAUUGGACAUUGUUGAUUUAAUCAACGGCAUUUUGGCAUCACUGGUGUCGGUAACUGCGGGUUGUUUUUUGUAUCACGCAUGGGAAGCUAUAAUCAUAGGAGCUAUAGGAUCUGCUCUAUGUUGUCUCUGUAUGCCUCUCUUUGAUAAAAUGGGUGUCGAUGAUCCAGUAGGUGCCAGUGCUGUUCAUGGCGUUGCGGGAAUAUGGGGUGUUUUGGCUGUCGGUUUAUUUGCUGACAAUCCAGUCCCGUUGGGUACCACGAACGGACGAUUUGGUUUGUUCAAAGGAGGUGGUUGGUAUCUACUUGGUGUACAAUCUCUUUCUGCUUUAUGUCUUGCAUGUUGGUCUAUUUGUACUACAUUAGCACUUCUUUGGAUCAUUAAUAAAAUAGUACCAAUAAGGAUGGAUCCAAAUGAGGAAUUACUCGGCGCAGACCUUAUGGAACAUCGAAUAAGACAUUCACAGAUUGGAAUAUCAAGGGCACUUUCGGCAUUGGCUCCUUUAAAAGUUGACUUAGAUGACGUUGUUAAUGCACCUUCUAUUGGUCGAAACCCAGGACACGAUCAAUGCUUAGAUGAAAUACGUGCCGCAAGCCAGAAGCUAUACGAGUGGCGUUCUUUUAUGGAUAAAAUGUCUCCACAGAAAAAAACUAAAGCUGAGACAUCAGUAGACAAGAAUGAGUUUGCGAACAAGGAUUCUUUCAAACUCCGUAAUAUAAAGCGGAAUAAUAGGAGUAAUCUUACAACAUACGCUGAUAACCAAGGAUUUGACGGAUCCUCCGGGGAUGAUGGAGCGAAACUCGGAAAUAAACCUUUUGCAAUAUCUGGAAACGUUUUAGGCAAGAUCCAAUCUGAAAGAAAUGAGCAAAACUUUGCUUGGAUAGAUUGAAUAACGAACGACAACAAUUGACGAUGAACGUUUAAAUUAAGAAAUAAAUAUAUUUAUACUGCAUAUACAGGUAGUCACCUGGAAAUU